AUGUCGGAAAUCGACUACGCCCUCUUCGAGGCGCCCGUCGGCUAUGCCGUCUUCAAGGUCGUCCACCAGGCCGACGUGGUCUCGCUCAAAACCAAGGAGGGCCAGGAGACUGCCAAUGACCUGUCCAAGUUUGGCAAGAUGAUCAAGAUUGUCAACUUCAGUCCUUUCCGUGGCCAGAAGGAGGCUUUGAGCAACAUCAACGAGAUUUCCGAGGGCCAGCUCCCCGAGUAUCUCAAGGAGGUCCUUGAGAUCAACCUCCCCAAGAGCGGAAAGAAGAGCAAGAUCACGCUGGGUGUUGCCGAGAAGAACUUGGCAGGUGCCAUCAAGAACGCCUUCCCCGGCCUGAACGCCCUCACUGCCGACACCUCCGAUGUCUGCGCCGAGCUCCUGCGUGGUAUUCGCGUCCACGCCAGCAAGCUGAUCGAGGGUCUCAACGAUGGCGAUCUCGAGCAGGCUGGUCGUGGUCUCGGUCACGCCUACUCUCGCGGCCGCAUCAUGUUCGACCCCAAGCGCAACGACCAGUCUAUCAUGCAAGCUCUUGCGACUGUCGAGAUUGAUGACAAGGGCACCAACAACAGCUACAUGCGACUCCGUGAAACCUACGGCUGGCACUUCCCCGAGCUCUCUAAGAUCGAGUCGGACAACUACACCUACACCAAGUUGGUCCAGGCCAUCGGUCGCAAGGAGGACCUCACCGACGACAAGCUCCACGACAUCGCCGCCAUUGUUGGCGAGGAUGGCGAGAAGGCCCAGGCUAUCAUUGAGGCCGCCAAGAUCUCCAUGGGUCGUGAGCUUGGUGAGGAGGACCACAAGAUGAUCAAGGGCAUGAUUGAGCCUCUCAUCUUCACCGCCGAAGCCCGCAAGCGCACCGCCCGCGACCUCGAGGCCACCCUCAGCACCGUCGCCCCCAACCUGCAGGUCCUCGUCGGCACCAUGGUUGCCGCCCGCCUGAUCAACGCCGCUGGCAGUCUCAGCACCCUGGCCAAGUACCCUGCCUCCACCCUCCAGAUUCUCGGCGCCGAGAAGGCUCUCUUCCGUGCCCUCAAGUCGAAGUCAAACACCCCCAAGUACGGUCUCAUCUACCACAGCACCUUCAUUGGCCGUGCCUCGGUGCGCGACAAGGGCCGCAUCUCUCGCUACCUCGCCAACAAGUGCAGUAUUGCCGCCCGUAUCGACUAUUUCGCCGAGGAGCCCUCCACCAAGUGGGGUGAGGCUCUGAAGCAGCAGGUCGAGGACCGCCUCCAGUUCUACGCCACUGGAAAGCGCCCUGCCAAGAACUCAGAUGUCAUGGCCAGCGUUGACUCCUUCGGCGGACUUGCCAACGAGGGUGCCGACAUUGACGACGCUAGCGAUGCCGAGGACUCUGAUGAGGAGAUGGUCGACGCACCCGUCAAGGAGAAGAAGUCCAAGAAGAGCAAGGAGGAGAAGGCCUCCAAGAAGGACAAGAAGUCCAAGGAGGACAAGAAGGAGAAGAAGCGCAAGAGAGAAUCCGAUGCCACCGAGCUGGUCAAGGCCGACGAGGACGCCGUGGCAGGCCGGCAGCCAUCGCCAUCUCCCCAACCGGCUCCAGCAUCCCCAAUUCAAUCGGAAAGUAGUGGUGCUGCGUCUUCAGCUGUGAAGAACAGGAUGCGCAGCUCUGCAUCCUCCGAAACCCUUGCACCCUCUCCGCCUCCUCCUGCCGUCAAGGUCAACGAGGCGACGGUGAGCAAGCUGAAGAAGAUGCUCUCCAAGAAGCCAAAACUUCGGGCGCAGCUCAAGAAUGUCGGGAGGACGCUGAGCGCCAAAAGCUCCCGUGUCUCAAAACCGGAGCGGAAGGGGAAGAAGGCCAAGGCCGCCAAACUCGACCUGGCUGUGCUUCGUUCUUUGUUAUAA